GCGCAACUGAAUAAAGACAAUGAGCAGAUGAAAGAACAACUGCUGUCUCUGGAGGAUACUGUCAAAAACUUGACAUAAUUGCUGGAAAGUGAGAAGAAGAACUCUGCUAAGCUCAAGAGUGAGCAGCAGAAAUGUUUAAAGCUGGAAGGGGACAUGAAGGUCCUAAAAGAAAGCCGUGACCAAGCUAUAGUAGAACUGGCUAACGAGAGGUUAAAAGUGUCUCAGAUGGAAACUGAGGCCAAAGCCACAGCCGUCCGUGUAAAAGAAGAAAAACUGCUUGUGGGGCAAAAGCUACUGGAGACAGGGAUGCUUUCUCUAAAAAAGGCGGAGUCUGAACAAUGGACGCAAGAAACAGUAGAGUCUGAAGACCAUGAGAAGAAACCAUAUGGGAAGUCCUCUGAAGCUGAGACUGAGGUGAAACCAUAUGGGAAGUCCUCUGAAGCUGCAGAGAUAUUGACAUUGGAUGGUGAAAAUUCUGAGGCAGAGAAGUUCUCUGAGGUAGAAGUUAAACCAGAGAUAACUGCAGAAGCUGCAAGUAAAGUCAGUGACACAUCUGAAGGUGCAGGUGAAAAACUGCCUAAAGGAGCCAAGAGUUCUCAGCCUAAAAAUGAGCCUGUGAAGGUUGGUGUCCCUAAAGAAAGGGCUAAUAAGAAAGCAGAGUCCUUAAAAAGAGGUCACUGUGAUAGAAGACUUGGUCGUGGUAGAAUCCCUGAGAGGCGCUUGAUUAGUUCCAGAAAACAUCGGAAGAAAGUCCGCAGAAGUAGAAUUUGGAGAAGAGUCCGUCUCAAGGAGAAGAUGGACAGGUGCAUUAAAGGGAAGCCUCCUGAAAUUGUGGAGGAUGACUUAGAAGACCUGCAAAUGGGUGAUACAGGCUCGGUUGGCCACCAGCAAAGUUCGUGCAAUGGUCAUACCAGUGACAGAAGAAGGCAAUGGCCUAGAGCAUCUGCCUUGUCCGCACCUAGUGUCCAGAGCACUGCACAGACCAAGAUGAAGAACCUGGUGUGGGAAAGGUGUGACAUGAAUGGAGCUUUUUACAAGGAAUUUGUCAAAGGUGACCAAAAGUCUUGUGCUCGGUGGCUGAAAGUGCGAAUGAAAGAAGGGUGCACCAUUGAAGUGGUGCAGAUAAAAUCUACUGAUGAAGGAAGCCAAGUGCCUCAAAACCUGUUGGAUGUAGUUGUUCAAGGAAAAGGAAAGGCAGUUGGACUCUGCCUUUUGAAUACAAGUGCUCCUUCCCGGUGGUCUGAGCAGAGAGGGGGGGAUAUGUGGCAGUGUGGCAAGGAAAGGGUGUAUUUCCCUUGCUAUCUCUGCAGAAUGCUCCACCUGUGGCCUGAUUAAUGAGGUAUCAGGAAGGGAAAGUGUGUUUAAAAGGAAAAGAAACAGAAUAGUUGGGGCUCUCCCUGGGUAACAGCAUGUCGCUGUAGGGGGAGACACACGGACCCUGUUGAGGAAACACACAGCGAACUGUGAGCAGUCCAAGAAGUGAAGAAGUGGUGUGAACUGUGAGUAACAGGUUGCAGGGGCACAUGUUUUAUGCUGGCUGAGGGUAGCUCACCAGUUAGUAGUCAGGGCAUGCUGAUAUGUGUAGUCAGUGACCAGACGGUCUAGGACUUUGGUUUGUUCCUGAGUUAUGUUUUGUUUUACCUGCAACCUGUCUAAAUAAAGCUGGCAAGGUGCCAGAUGUGCAUGAAUAACCGUUGUCUGCGGGUUUAUUGAGUGGA